GGGAGCGCGCGCGGGGGAGGGGCGGCGGGUCAGUCUCCGCCGGGCGCUCCGGGGAUCAGCUGGCGGGCGGGCGGGUGCCGAACGCGGCCCCGGCUCUCGCUGCAGCGCCGCCUCAUCUCCGUGUCGCAGGCCGGCCCGGCGGCCGUGACAAUGUUGCGGGGCUGGUAGCUGGGCGCCGGCCGCCGAGCCAUCUCAAGUUUAAACUUACACGAAUCGCUCUCUUGAGGAGGAGGGGACCGCUGCGCGAUUGACACGCAUAUUCCUGUAGGCAUCCUCCCUCAGCCCCCACCCCCACGGCCGGAUUCGGGUGGCUCCUUUCCGAGCUGAAAUCCGAGAAGAAAUCCUUGGAUCUCUUGUUUUCUUUUAAAAAAAAUCUAGAAGCUGUCGGUAUUUUGCUUUACUGCUUCCUAUUCGCAAGAUGAAGAAGUUUUUCGACUCCCGGCGAGAGCAGGGCGGCUCUGGCCUGGGCUCCGGCUCCAGCGGAGGAGGGGGCAGCACCUCGGGCCUGGGCAGUGGCUACAUCGGAAGGGUCUUUGGCAUUGGGCGACAGCAGGUCACUGUGGACGAGGUGUUGGCGGAAGGUGGAUUUGCUAUCGUGUUUCUGGUGAGGACAAGCAAUGGAGUGAAAUGUGCCUUGAAACGCAUGUUUGUCAACAAUGAGCAUGAUCUCCAGGUGUGCAAGAGAGAAAUCCAGAUAAUGAGGGACCUGUCAGGACACAAGAACAUUGUGGGUUACAUCGACUCCAGCAUCAACAAUGUGAGUAGCGGUGACGUAUGGGAAGUGCUCAUUCUGAUGGACUUCUGUCGGGGAGGCCAGGUGGUCAACCUGAUGAACCAACGCCUGCAAACAGGUUUUACAGAGAAUGAAGUGCUCCAGAUAUUUUGUGACACCUGUGAAGCUGUUGCCCGCCUGCACCAGUGCAAGACUCCUAUUAUCCACCGUGACCUGAAGGUUGAAAAUAUCCUCUUGCAUGACCGAGGCCACUACGUCCUGUGUGACUUCGGAAGCGCCACCAACAAAUUCCAGAAUCCACAAAAUGAGGGAGUCAAUGCAGUAGAAGAUGAGAUUAAGAAAUACACAACGCUGUCCUAUCGAGCACCAGAAAUGGUCAACCUGUACAGUGGCAAAAUCAUCACUACGAAGGCAGACAUUUGGGCUCUUGGAUGUUUAUUGUAUAAAUUAUGCUACUUCACUUUGCCAUUUGGGGAGAGUCAGGUGGCAAUAUGUGAUGGAAACUUCACAAUUCCUGAUAACUCUCGAUACUCUCAAGACAUGCACUGCUUAAUUAGGUAUAUGUUGGAACCAGACCCUGACAAAAGGCCGGAUAUUUACCAGGUCUCCUACUUCUCAUUUAAAUUACUCAAGAAAGAAUGCCCAAUUCCAAAUGUACAGAACUCUCCUAUUCCUGCAAAGCUUCCUGAACCCGUGAAAGCCAGUGAGGCAGCUGCAAAGAAGACCCAGCCAAAGGCCAGACUGACAGAUCCCAUUCCCACCACAGAGACUUCUAUUGCGCCCCGCCAGAGGCCUAAAGCCGGGCAGACUCAGCCGAACCCAGGAAUCCUUCCCAUCCAGCCAGCCCUGACACCUCGAAAGAGAGCCACGGUUCAGCCCCCACCUCAGGCUGGAGGAUCCAGCAAUCAGCCUGGCCUUUUAGCUACUGUUCCCCAACCAAAAACCCAGCCCCCAGCCAGCCAACCUCUACCACAAUCUCAGCCCAAGCAGCCACAGGCUCCGCCCACCCCACAGCAGACACCUUCCACUCCAGCCCAGGGCCUGCCCACUCAGGCCCAGGCCACACCCCAGCACCAGCAGCAGCUCUUCCUCAAGCAGCAACCACAGCCACAGCCACAGCAGCCGCCGCAGCCACAGCCACAGCCACAGCCACAGCCGCCAGCAGGCACGUUGUACCAGCCGCCACAGCAGGCCCAGGCUCCACAGUUUCAGGCUGUACACCCAGCAACCCAGCAACCAGCAGUUGCCCAGUUCCCUGUGGUGUCCCAAGGAGGCUCCCAACAGCAGCUGAUACAGAACUUCUACCAGCAGCCGCCACAGCAGCAGCCGCAGCAGCCGCCGCCGGCCACAGCCCUGCACCAGCAGCAGCUGCUGACUCAGCAGGCCGCCUUGCAGCAGAAGCCGGCCGUGGCGGCAGUACAGCAGCCCCAGGCACAGCCGGCCGCCGCUGCGCAGCCGCCCCCUGCCCAGGAGCCAGCGCAGAUUCAGGCUCCAGUAAGACAACAGCCAAAGGUUCAGACAACCCCACCUCCUGCCACCCAGGGGCAGAAACUCGGAUCUCUCACUCCUCCAUCAUCCCCCAAGACCCAACGUGCCGGGCACAGGCGGAUUCUCAGUGAUGUAACCCACAGUGCAGUCUUUGGGGUCCCUGCCAGCAAAUCAACCCAGCUGCUCCAGGCAGCUGCAGCUGAGGCCAGUCUCAAUAAGUCCAAGGAUGGGAACCUACCUAGGUCUGCAACUACCACUCCGUCAGGCUCUCCUCGCACCUCCCAGCAAAACGUUUAUAAUCCUUCUGAAGGUUCUACAUGGAAUCCCUUCGAUGAUGACAAUUUCUCCAAACUCACAGCUGAAGAACUGCUAAACAAGGAUUUUGCCAAGCUGGGGGAAGGCAAACAUCCUGAGAAGCUUGGAGGCUCAGCAGAGAGUUUGAUCCCCGGCUUUCAAACAACCCAAGGUGAUGCUUUUGCCGCUUCCUCCUUUUCUGCUGGAACUGCUGAAAAAAGGAAGGGUGGGCAGACGGUGGAUUCUAGCCUCCCACUUCUAAGCGUAUCUGAUCCUUUCAUUCCUCUUCAGGUACCUGAUGCACCAGAGAAACUAAUUGAGGGACUCAAAUCUCCUGACACUUCUCUUCUGCUCCCCGAUCUCUUGCCUAUGACAGAUCCUUUCGGUAGCACUUCCGAUGCUGUAAUUGAAAAAGCUGAUGUUGCUGUUGAGAGUCUCAUACCAGGACUGGAGCCCCCGGUGCCCCAGCGCCUCCCUUCUCAGACGGACUCUGUGACCUCGAACCGCACAGACUCUCUCACUGGGGAAGAUUCCCUGAUCGAUUGCUCUCUGCUUUCUAACCCUACAACUGACCUUCUGGAAGAGUUUGCCCCCAUAGCGAUCUCUGCUCCAGCCCAUAAAGCUGCGGAAGAUAGUAAUCUCCUCUCAGGUUUCGAUGUCCCUGAGGGCUCGGACAAGGUGGCAGAAGAUGAGUUUGACCCUAUUCCUGUAUUGAUAACCAAAAACCCACAAGGUGGGCACUCUAGAAACAGCAGUGGGAGCUCUGAGUCCAGUCUUCCCAACCUAGCCAGGUCUUUACUGCUGGUGGAUCAGCUCAUAGACCUGUAGCCGUGACCCAGUAGCAGAUGCAGUUCUGUAACCUUCAUAACCGUAAUACACAUUUUUGUUACGGAAUUAUAAGAAAAAUGAUUUUUUUAAAAAUCUGCAAAUAAGGGGCCCCCUAGCCCUUAUCUCCUACCCCUUGCCUCCUCCUAUAGAAAUGAUAAGGAAAGAAAAUCACUUUGGCCCUCCAGAUACUCCUUGGCCAGCUCCUCCCUGUUAGUUUGCUGUGUUUUCUCAUUACCCUUCUUCAACAGCAUUAUCUUAAAUCAAGCACUAGAUGCCAUGAGCUUCACCUCUGCUGGAAUCGACUCCACCAAAAGCUUAACUGUAACGGAAACUAGUGAAUUGAUACCUUUGCCUCAUUCUCGCUAGGAAUGGCCUCCCAAGUCAAUCCUCCCAGCCCCUGUCUCCUUUGGCCAGAUGCUGAUGAAUGUGUUUCUCUGUUUUUGCUUUUUAUCCUGCUGCAUUAUGAAGACGUGGCUUCUUCAGUUGGUCUUAACUCUAGGUAGUAGCCCAGAGAUGGGUGUGUGGUUUAAGAGAGGGUAAAAUUGACUGACUGAUGGUAUGUGUUUGAAAAGAGAAAGUAAGUCCAGCUUCUAGCCAACCAACUUUGACCUUGACUUAGCCAAGGGAUUUUACACCCCAUGCAACCUGUCCAGCAUCCGUCCAGCACUCUGGCUUCCAUUGAACCGUGAUUCUCAGAUCUGGAGACGUGACUGCAAGUGCUUGAGAUCCUUGGAUAAAAUGUGUACGUUACAUAAAUCCCAAGUAUUGCCAUUCCUUUUCAUGUUAACUAUCCCAAGCCGGGAUCUCAGAAUUAGACCAAAACAAGACAAUGGUGAUAAUAUGAUACCUUUUAUUAGAAGACUUUUCAUUGGGGGGUGGAUGAGGGAGGGGAAGGAAUUGUAGCAGAAACAGAUGUAUUUUUCUUGUGAUUUUUAUUUUGAAUCAAAUAUUGUAAAUUGUGUAUAAAAGACGCUGAAUAGUUCUGUUUCCACUUGGCGUUUCAAGUCUGAUAUCAGGUGUCUGUACAGGGUUUUGAUCUCUUUCCCUUGUAUAACUACACAGCAGUCCUACAGUGUAACAUAUGGAAUCAUUUUGAGUAGACUUGUGCAUUGCUAUAAGCUUUCAACAGGUCCUCUGUCUUUGUAGAUUAAGCAUGUUGUUUAUUUUCAGAUAAUCAAAAAUAAGUAUGCUGACAAGCUGGGCACAACUUGACUCUGGCUACUUACCUUUCUUUCUCGCUGAUGUUUGAAUCGAAGGAUGCAGCCAAUGAAAUAUGUUCAGUUGGUUUUCCUUGGCUUCCUAGAUUAAAAAACAAAACAAAGCAUAGUUCCUCACUAACCUUAGACUAUUGUUCAUAAAGUAAAUAAAGGGCCCUGCAAUGACAUGACAACAUGCCUCAUGUCACCCUCUGUAUAUGUCCUUACUCACUGAAGUAUAUUUUUUUUCCUUAUAUGGAAAGCAGUUUUAGAAAAUCGCCCUUUUGAAAGAAGGUGGGCACGGAAAACCCCGGUGUGGUUCCCUUCCUUGAGCGCCAUUUUCCAUGAUUGGAAGGGAAACAGUAAAUAAGAUUUGUACAAAUAAAAUUCCAAGUCCAUUUGCUUGUUUCUCUAUCUAGUACUUUUGUUUCUUCUUCCUCAUGUUUGCACUUUAAGGGGGGGAAAAAGCUGAACAGCUACAACAAUCUGCAAAACACUGCACUUGGGAGGUCAAGCUUUGACCCCAGCAAUGUGACAGCCGCCUUCGAAAGGCAUCAGAGGAAAAGUCUGAAUCUUUCAGUCUUCCUUCUUCCUUUAAAUACUUCCCGUGCCAGCUGAAACUAGAUGAGCUAAGUAAAGGCCUCUGUGAGGAUAAUGGAUCAUUUCCAGAAUUGAGGGAGGCUCAGCCUUCCUGCUAAGGAUAAAAAAAGACAUCCUUGAAGAGCUCUCCUUGAUUGGAUAGCAUGAAAAUGGGACUUGGUUUGCCCUUUGUGGACAGGAAUAUUAUUGAAGAUCAAAAGUGUAUUCUUUUUCCUUGACAUAGAAAGAAUGUAUAAACUAAUGAAGGAAAUGUUUAUUUUUAAAUAAGAAUAAUGUUUUAUGCCUAUGUUUUCCAAUUUGAUUUUUCCAUGCAUACCUGUUAGAAAUAUAAUUAAAUAUCCAGUUUCUCGAAACCUUGAAGUAUACAGUUUAGAAAUUAGGUGUCUCUAAAUGGUUCCUUUCGUGUAAUUACCCGUAAUUACAUUGAGAUAUAUUAUCUAGUUAUCUGGCUCAGUAAAGCUUAUUGGAGACUGUUAAUGAAAAGAACAGACAAGAAGCCAGAGACUGGAUGGAGGAAACCUGAGGGAAAUAAUGAAUGAAAUUCUGUAGGAGUAGGGCCUCCGAGGGGAGAACUGUUUUUCUAUUAAGGAAUACAAGUGAGUGACUUGGUAAAUGGGGCCUUUCGGUAUAAAGCAUCAUCCCUGAGCUAAAAGCAUUUAUUUGAGAUGAGUGUAGUGUGCUGAUAGUUGAUAGACCUGUGGAACUAUAGACUGAGCUAUAAGCGGGACCUUAGAGACCAUCCUCUAGUCCAUCCAGUUCAUUUGACAGGUGUAGGAUGUGAGGCAGGGUGGUGGGAGGAGGCCUGGGCGGGCAGGAUAGGGAUCUCACCCUGACCUUUGCCCCUCACUGUCUGCGUGACCUUCAGCAGGCGCCAUCACUUCUCAGAGCUGCUCUUCUUGUUUUUAUAAUGGUGGAUUUGGACUAGAUGACCUUUAAGAUUAUGGGGUUCUAGGGUUCUAAGUAUAUAUUAUUACGCUUUGAGAGGACUAUGAAGGAUUUAUAUAUCCUGAUGUUCUUCAAGUAUCUAAUGUAGUUCUAUUAUAUAGCAGUAUUGACAUUUUAGAGAAUUAUAACGGACUUUAUGGACUUUUACUAACCUGGGUUGCUCUUUCUUGGUUAUCCAAAUAGAAGCCUAAAUCGUCACAGAGUUUUGGAUAUAGAUGUUCCUUUUUUUAAUAUUACACAUACACACAGACACACACAUACACAGCAUACAACAAAACAAUAUCAGAUUUCAAUUCUUUUAAAAAUGUAUAAUCAAUGAUCUGCUAUUUAAAAAUGGACAAAUAGUGUAAGCAUAUGUUUCUGAUUUGCUUUUAUUCCAACUGUGCAAGAGUAGUAACUAUAUUAAAAAAAUCAUAAAUUGUUUUUUUUCCCCUUUAGAGCAUUCAGAUAGCUAGAUUGCCAAAUGCAAGUCCCAGUGUUUUUAAAAACACGGGCCUCAGAGGCGAUAAGAUUUAAAUGGACACUUAUAAAUCUGAUUAUAAUUAAUGAUUACUUUACCAGAUAUAUCAGAAUUUUGACAUCUAAUUGAGUGUUGUUCCCUUCAAAGACAUCUGGUUUUACUUGGGAAGCUGAUACUUAUUCUAAUGAUGCUGCCAUCAUUUAAGUUAUUUUUGAAACUCCUCUUCUUAGGAACAACAUCAAGGAAGAUAAUAAGGUAUAAGAAAACCAGUUGUGUUAUUAUCUAAUUGGUAUCGCCUUCAGCAUCCGAAAGUAUGUUUUUUCUUGACCUACUUUUUCCACCACUCUUGGUUCUGAGUAACAUUUAACUAUUUCCAAAAGCAAAAUCACCACCCUAAGAUGAAGGAGUGGUUACUACUGAAGAUAGUAAAAAGAAUAAUCCAUAGAAAAUUCCCAGAGAGAAACUUAUAAUGGAAAGUGACAAUGGUCAUAAUUUCCUUAAUAUUCUGACUAAGGGUAUGUCUGUGAUUGGCCUGUCUUUAGCAUAGUUUAGAAAUUGAAAGAUAAGUGUUCUAAAAUACCUCUUGAAACAGGUUGUCACUUUGUGUCAUUUGAUAUUGAACUUGGCUUUUCCUGAAUUAGAACUAUAGAACUUGGAUUGCUAGUAAUUAUACAGGAAAAAAUCAGAAAAGGAACCUAUUUUUCCCAAGAUGAAAUAUUAGUUUUGUUUGUAAUACCUUUUCCCACUCUCUUGACAGAUAGUUGAUCAUUUUGAUUCAAACCAGCCAGCCUUCCCCUGAGUCAGGAACAGUUUGCUUUCAGCAGUGCUAUGGGAAGCGCAGACCUUUAGGGCUGACCUGCGCCCAGAGGUAUGGAGGGAUCUGAGUACAUGCACGCUGUAGAUUCCUUGGGCCAAAAUUAAGUUCCCAUGAUAAAGUUUGUCUAUAAUCUGCAGGAGUUUUUAACUUUCUCAGUCUAUAAGAUUAUCAGGAUCCUGUAGCCACUGACUUGCAGUUUGGAGAUAAAAAUGACAACAUUGCCUCAAUUAAAAAAAAAAAA